GACCCGCCCUUCGCCCACCUUUCGGGCGGGGCGCGCGGCGGGCUACCCGGAGACGCACCCGUCACGCCAGCUCUUCCUCUCAGUCUUUCCUUGUCUUAGGACGGGAGAAGAGUCGGGCUCUUCGGUCAGACCCAAGUGAGGGUCUAGUCUUGAUCGGCCGAAGCCAGCGGGCGCACCCACCGAGAUCGGCUACUCGGCGACGCCGAGAACCCGAGCGGCGCCCUGGCGCAGGCGCGACCCUCCCAUUCUGCCGUUGGACUUCCUCCAAGGCUGGAGACGGGCGGAAGGCGACUGCGCAUGCGCCGGCCGCCGCGGCGGACUGCGCCUGUGCACCGCGCGGCGGCUUUCCAGUUGCCUGGUUACGGCCAGCUGCGGCUCAGGGUUCCGGUUCUGCCCGGGAAGUUUGUUUCGGUCCGCGCCCGGCCCUCGGGAAACAGACCCCUGGGAGCCGUCCAGGGGGCAGGCCCCGGCCCGGGCUACGCCGCCCCGCCCCCUCCCCUGCGCGGCCGCUACCGCGGCGCACGCCCCGCCGCGUCCGUCGAUGCCCCGGGUCCCCAAGCCGCGGGGACGAAAGCCAGGGCUGCGUGCGGCCUUCCGCAGCCGUUGAGCGGAAAUCAAGGUCCCAACCUAUUUCGACACAGUGAGAGAUCGUGUGCUGGAACUCGGCCCCGGACCCUGCCGCCCUUGAUUCACUUCCUCCUGCGGUCACUUUGUCCCAACAAUCCGCUCCACAGAGACAGAAGUCACUGUGAACCCCCCUGAAAGGAGGAAACAGAGGCAAAGGUGCAGGGGCCCAUCCCCACCUCCCCACUGCUAGGCCUCUGGAAUGGAGGCCCUUGGGUCCUUGGCUGUUCGGAGCCUGGUGUGCAGAAGGGUCUAGGCCCCCAGCGGAGCCAGAGGUGGUGGAGGCUGGGCUCUGAGUCGCAGGUCCUCCACUUUAAGCUUCCUUGCCCUCCCUUACCAUCGUGGCCUCAUCAGCCUAGAGUCCAGGCGGGGUGGAGCACCUAAACAACAUGCUGUUGAUGCAUGCACCAGAACAGCAGGCAUGAGCUUGACUGUCCUGGGCCAGUCAGGGGCAAAUGGGCAUAGGGUGACUCUGGCUGAAGAGCACAUGAGGCCUGUGCAGGGGGGCGAAGGGUGCACUGCCACGACAGCUGCUGCUGUGCCUGAGGAGUCGUCCAUCCCUUUACCUGCAGCAUGUCCCUCUCCUUUCUUUUUGUCCUCCCUGGCUGGUGGAGGCUGCAUACAAAUGCCGCCACCUCCCUGAAACCCGCCUACAGGGGCUAGAGUCAGCCUCUUUCCUGAGGGCAAAGUUAUUAGUUGCUCAUGCAAAGUUCCGUAACCAGAGCUGUAGUCCUGUGACCCAGAGCACCCGGACACAGGGCUACGUACUUCCAGGACAAUGGACAGAGGCUGUGCCAGGGAGCAGGGCUGUCCUUUCCAGCAUCACGGCAGUCUGUCACGCUGCAUUUUCAACAGCACAAUCGUCAGCCCCUCCCAGUAGCCUGCACUGUCCAAAGAUGGCUGCCACUGGGCACCUGCAAGGGAGGCCGGGCUGAGCAGAGGUGGGAUCUUAGCAGCAUUAGAGGCCAGAGUGCCAAGAAUGUCAACUAGCCCACUGAUAGCUUUCUUUAAAAAAAAAAAAAAAAAAAAAAGAUUCAUUUAUUUAUGAGAGACACAGAAAAAGAGAAA